AUGUGCAUCAACGAUCAAUACGGUAUCGACCCAUUGCCAGUUCCGUGGUAUUCCAGCUUCCGCAACCGCGUAGCAGCCAAGAUUGAGACAAGUCCCAAGGUCUACCACGCCAGGAGGCGUAGUAGAGAAUUCGCAGACUCGAUUCUAAGUAAGCCUCUGCCUCCUCUCCCCAACGACGACGAACCCAGACCUGUCCACAUCGCAAGCGUCGGGGGCGCCAUCACCAGAAACAAGAAGACGGUUAACAAGGCUAUCAGAUCCCGGAACUGGUCCCAGGCUACUAAUGCUACCUUGGAUAUGGUCAGAGGAGAGCAACAGCGGCCGCAGGGGUUGGUGAGGGAGACAAUGAUGAGCCUCCAACCGGCAAGUGGCGAGGCAAAGCCAAUCAGCCGGGGCCCAAUUGUGCGAUACAACAGAAGAGACCAACUGCUCGAGCUUCUUCCAGGAUUGGAGCAAGAAAGACACGAAGAAGGACAGCGGCUGCGGCAAGCGGAGCGAGCCAGUUCUGCCACCGACGAGUCAAGCAUCGAGAUCGAGAACAUGCUAAGGAGGACAUACAUCGUAAGAGACACCAUCGAGCCCCAAACGGCCCACGAGAUAAUCCAGGGCAUCGGCAUCAUGCUAUACCACGUCCCCUUUACAAUUGUCGGCAACGCGGCACUCGUCUACUACGGCCGCGAUCGGCGCAUCAGCCGCAUCACGCUGGCCUGUCCUGAAGAUUGCAUGCUUGCCAUAUUUCGCUGGGCGCAAACAUACGGCAUGCACCAAUUUGUGGGCAACGGCUGGGGCGACUCGUUUGGUUACAAGACGAAAGACGGCGGCCUGUACCGGGUGCGCGUGCGCUCCCUCUACCGCGAGCCCUUUAACAGGAUUCGGCUGCCGCAGCCGGGCCCCGAUAGCCACGCCAAGGUCAUGACGCUGCCCAACAUCGUCAACGAGUACGCUGGCCUGUACGCAGCCGGCAGACGCCGCCUGGACGGCGUCGAGGAGGCGAUCAUCGCGUCUGAGAUAUUAUGGAUGCUGCGCCGCAUCGCCAGCCUCGUCUGCGCGGGCAGCGACGACAAAGACCAUGAGUUUACCCGUACCGAGGUGACGUGGGUCCUGACGCGCAAGUUCUGGGAGCCGUUUGUCCGCGAGCACCCCGAGGCGGUUGAGCUGUUUCGCGUCGCGGGUGUCUUUCGCUGCCUCAACAGGGAGGGCGACGUCGGCUGCUCCGGCCACCCGGGCAAGAGCCGGCCGCUCCCGCCGCGGCCGGGUUUUCUAGAUGACGUAGACCCGUACGAGAGCCUGCCCGAGAUGCAAGACUUGAUGUACCCAGAUGGACGGCCGAUGAUGCCGGAUCUAUAUGACGCGGGCAAGCACGACGUGUCCAUUGAAGACCCUGCCACAGCUGCCAGUUCGAGAGCGGCGUCGGUCCGAGAACCUACGCCCGCCAACAGCUCAAGAGCAGUGUCGCCCGAGUAUUGGGCGAAGCAUCAGUCCGAGCUGGCAUGGAUUUGA